AUGGACAGUCUCUGGUCUCUCUUUAAAUCCCCACCUCUUCCUUCUUCUUCUUCUCUUUCUCCUCCUCCUCUUUAUCACCCAACAAGCACGGACUCGAGGCUGCCGCUCGACACAAACAAUCAUGUCUCUUGUCUCGCCACCAACAGUGACACGCUCUACGUAGGCACGCACGCUUCUGUCCUGGAAUACAAUACCCUCUCACACUCGACGCUGCGCUCCUUUGUGACAACCGGUGCAAAUGUCUCUAGUCUGGCUUCCAGUGCUCGCAGGCUAUUUUCAGGCUACGAGGACGGCUCUAUCCGUGUUUGGUCCUUGUCCUCGGGUGCUUGUGCAAGGAGUGUCAUUGGUCACAAAGGGCCUGUCUUGGCAUUGUGCUUUACGCCUGAAGGGAAAUUGUACUCUGGAGGUCAAGAUGGUGGUGUCAGUGAGUGGGAUGCCAGAAGUUGUCGGAGGAGAUGGAUGCUCAGAGGGCACUCGGGGAGUGUGACGGCAUUGUGUGCUGACGGAAAGAGAUUGUAUUCAAGCGGUGCAGAUCGAACGGUUCGAGUAUGGGACAUGUCUACUGGCCGCUGCAUUGUCGCGUACCAAGAGCAUCAGUCCCAAGUCCUCACGCUCUGUCUCGGCCGCGACCUCCUCUACAGCGCCGCCUACGACGGCACCAUCCACGUCCUCGACAUUGGCACCGGCCAAACCCUCCGCACCCUCAAGGGCCACACCUCGCCCGUCCACUCUCUCGUCUUAUCAAAGGGCAAAUUGUACAGCGCGGGAGAUGCAAGUGUGUUGGAGUGGGAUGUCAAAGCAGGGCGUGUGACGAGGGCUUUUGAGGUUGAGCAAAAAGUCGUGGCGCUUGUGGCUGGGCGGGGGAGAUUGGUGACGGCUUGUGUCGAUGGGGAGGUUAAGGUUUGGGAUGUGGAUGAUUUGGGUGAGUACCGACCGGGUUAG